GGCUUGGGUCCGCCUUUUCCCCCCGAUCCGGGAUUUGCAGCUCUUCGCCCCAACUACAUAGAUUCCGCCUGACCUCCUAUCGCCCUCUCCGAGCUUUGAGGCUGCCCUAGCUCCGUCGUCCCACCAGAGCUCCGCCCGGACCACCUCUCGCCAGACUGCUCCGUCCGGACCACCUCUCGCCAGACUGCUCCGUCAAGCUCGCCUGAGCCCCUUCGAAGGCGCUUCUCGUCGGACCCACCUGCCGCAUCUCCUCCUCUCCACCUGCUGCUGCCACUUAUUCUCCUUCUAAGCUAGUUGUUACACUCCGCUGCUCUCUCACAUUCUUUCUCGCUCCUCUCGUUAGGUUCUCGGGUCCGAACCGGGCUCCUCCCGCUCUCGCGAAGAGGACGGCAAGAUCGAGGAGGUGGUGGCUGCGAUAUCUAGGGUUAGCUCUCCUUUUGAGCACCAAAGAUCUAUUUGGAUCCAAAGCUCUAGUUGUUCUUCUUGUGAAUUUUAGGGUUUUAUUAGGUGUUGAAUUACCUAAUGGGGAAGGAUUCGAAGCGAUCGAAACGAGUUGAUAGUGAGAUCGGAAGUGCUUCUGAUGAUGAGAUUGAGACAGAUUUCACAUUUAAUAAGCGAUUGAAGCAAGCUGACGAUCAGAGUGGAAGUGGUUCGGAUGCGGAGAGUGACGACAACGGAGGAAGCAGAACGGAGGAGGAAGAGGAUGAAGAGGACGAAGGAAGCGAUGCGGAAGAAGAGGAGGACGAAGGAAGCGAUGCGGAAGAAGAGGAGGACGAAGGAAGCGAUGAGGAGGAAGCUGAGGACCAGAGGAAGGACGCGGAGAUGGAGGAACUCGAGAAGGAGUAUCUCAAUCUUCGCAAUGAAGAGCAAAAUCUUUUGAAGAACUUGACACGCCACAAGGAUGAAGAUGCUCUAAAAGGUCAGGCGGUGAAGAAUCAAAAGGCACUUUGGGACAAGUCUUUGGAGCUCAGAUUCUUACUGCAGAAAACAUUUGCAAGUUCAAAUAGAUUACCGAAGGAACCCUUUAGGUCUACAUUUUGUGGUUCAGAUACAGCAGUAAAUCAGGCAUAUACGGAUCUCAUACAGUCAUCCAAACAGACUUUAAAUUGUAUGUUGGAGCUGCAAGAGGCUUUGCUUGAGAAGAAUCCUUCUGUUACUCGCAGCACAAAUGCAGACAGCAAAAAAUCUGACAAGGAUGAAUAUUUUUUAAAAGAUUUGAAAGGGGAGCUUGAUGAAGAGUGGUUGCGCAUAUAUAGAUUGCACUGCAGAAUUGCACCAUUUAGAAAUAGUGAAGUAGACAAGUGGCAGAGGAAGACACAAGUGACAACUGGCGCUGCUGCUUUCAGAGGCAAAUUGCAUGCUUUUAAUCAGAAAAUUAGUGAUCAAGUAAAUUCUUACAUGAGAGACCCAAGCAGAAUGAUUAAGAGGAUGCAGUUAAGAAGAUCAUCUGUUGAUAUAUUUGGAAAAGUUCCUGAGGAGGCUGACAAGAAAAAUGAGGAGGAAAAUGUGGAUGGUGAUCCUGAACUUCUUGAUGACUCCGAAUUCUAUCAACAACUCCUCAAGGAGUUCUUCGAGUCCUGCGAUCUUGCCUCAUCUGAAGCAACUUUUUACGCUUUAAGAAAGCUGCAGCCUAAGAAACGUAAGGUGGUCGAUCGUCGUGCUUCAAAGAGUCGAAAGAUAAGGUAUCAUGUUCACGAAAAGAUAGUUAAUUUCAUGCCUCCGAUGCCAAUGGUUCUUCCUCCGAUGGCUCCAAAAUUGUUUGAAAACCUAUUCGGCGCGGGAAAUCGGAAUCCUGCCUCAGUUUUGUGAUCUGCGACGAUGGAUGCAGAAAGGCUUGCAGGACGCAUUAGCCGGAGAAGCGAGAGGGGGAGGAAUUACGCCAUUUUUUCGGAACGAAUUACUGCUGAUUUUAACGUAUCCAAUUUAUGAAACCUGCUAUUGGAGCGGGUUGUGGAUGAGAUUGUAUACAUACAAAUAAAUAUAGAAGUGAAAAUGGUUGAGUGCGGUUGGAUUUAAAACAAAAAUCAUGUCCGUAUCCAUAUUCUUCAGUUGAUGUAAAUUUGGGUGCUGAUAUAUGACAGAUAUUAAAUUUUCAUUAC